GAAAUGUAUCUGUUGCUGUUCGCCGAUUAAACGCAAACGACGGUACAAUGUGUAGAAAAAUGAGAGAAUGUUUCACCCACGGCUCUCUCCUAUAUUUGAACCAGAAGUCCUUAUAAAUUCCUUAUAAAUACUUUAUAGUUCACUCAGUGGUCGCACCUCCCCUACGCCCCCUCCCACGAACAAUGCGUGCAGCACUCGCGUGGAAAACCAUACAGUAUAAACCUGAAGAAGAUAUGAAAUGUCUAUCAGCGAGAAGCCGAAAAGAAAACAAUUUUCAAUAGUAAAUCACUUUGUUGCCGGAGGUUUAGGGGGAGCAGUUGGCGCUGUUUUAACAUCCCCGUUUGAUGUGAUUAAAACAAGACUGCAAUCGUCUGGAUACCGUUUAGAAAAAGUGAAUUAUGGCAAUAUUAAUUUGGCAGGUUCAAACCAAGCGGUUAUCAGCACUCAAUCUAAACCAUAUAGUGCUGUGUUCUCGUACAUGCGGUACAUGAUAAAAUCCGAAGGGUGGCCAUCGCUUUUUCGUGGUUUGGAGCUACAUUUACUCGGCAUAGCGCCAUCAAGGGCUAUCUACUUCGCAGUCUAUUCAAACAGCAAACAUUUCUUGUUGUCAACAGGAAACUUGAAAGAUGACAGCGCAAUUUUGCCUGUAGCUUCUUCGGUUGUCGCUGGCUUUACAACAUGUACUAUGACAAAUCCCGUGUGGUUUUUAAAAACGAGACUGCAGUUAGAAUGCUCGCGUUAUGGGGGCAAUCAGAAAGGUUUAUGGAGGACAAUACAGAAUAUUUAUAAGAAAGAGGGCAUAAGGAAGUUUUAUUGUGGCCUAACUGCUUCAUAUUUGGGAAUUGGCGAGACGGUUAUAAAUUUCCUUAUUUAUGAGCAAAUGAAAAUUAAGAUCAACAAGUUUUAUAAUAGAGACAGCAGUAAAUCGUUUUAUUUCUCCACUUACGUCAUAGCAUCAACCCUAUCGAAGUCAACGGCAGCUGUCAUUGGUUACCCGCACGAGGUGUUGCGAACGAGGUUGCGGCAGCAGUCUAACGAGGUCCUAGGCAGAGAGAGGUAUAGUUCCGUAACGCAAACAGCAAGGAUGAUCCUAAAGGAGGAGGGUUGGAUAGCAUUUUACGGUGGACUGUGGACGCACUUGCUACGACAAGUGCCCAACACGGUUAUACUGCUUCUAACAUAUGAAGCGAUAAUUCAUUAUUUAGAACAUUGAUUGUUACACUAAUGCUGGACAUUUCUAACUCAUAAUUACUUUUUAUUAGUUAGCUAUCAGUGAUUGCCCAAUCAUGCCACUGUUGGAUAGUCAUAAUACAUCCUUCCGGAAAGUGCUCGUUCUUGGCUAUGGAGCUUUUGUUUUUGUGAUCGAGGUAUUGGGUUAAGAGCCCAUUAUCCUGUUACAGAUGACACAUUUACAAAACCAUACAGUUAUAUCAGUGAAUAUGAAUUAGAUCUAUUAAUGAUUGUGUCAUCAGCAAUAGGAAUUAAUGACUGCCUCUAACAUCAAUGUCUCUUGAAAUCAUGGAAAUAAGGCUCUAUAACCAUGGCUGGUACUGGUUGGUACUUUCCAGAAGGCUGUAUUGGCUCGAUUCUGAUCCCAUAAAGUGUUCAAAGAAGUUGAAUUAUUAUUAUUAUUAUUACAAGCUUAUACAGUAUAGCACUUAUAACACAUAGAUCUAAAUGCUUUACAUUCACUAAAACUAUAGUAAAAAUAAAUUACAAAUUACAUCUUAAAACCUAAGUCACUAGGCAUAAUUCAUUUUACAUUAUAACCAAAAAACUGGCAAUAAAAAUAACUAACAGUUUUUUCAAUAAAAUAUUUUCAAUUAAAUAUUUGCAUUAAAAAGUUUCACACUCAGCCACAAAGCUUGGCAAAGUUAAAAAAGUUUUUCCAUAAUAAUUCAUUACAUACAAUUGACAAAUUUGAACAUUCUCUAUGGAUAACACAACAGUCUGCUCCAACUAUUUGGUCAUUUACUAUGCCAACUGACUUGUCGCUCAUACAUAUAGCCUCAGUAUAUUUUGUCUUUUAAUUAAAAAAGCACAAAUUGGUCUUUCCAGAAAAGAUCUGCACUCCCCUCACAGAGGAAAUUUCUGAAGUGGAGGGGGGAUUUGUUUCUGAUAAUAGUACAUCCGAAGGGGAUAGGAGGGUUAACUUUCUGUGGGGAAGCUAUGGAUAGUUUCUGGAAUGACCCAGUUAUUUAUUUAUAUUGAAUUAUCUAAGAUGCUAAGUACUGUUGAGUUUCUUGUUUUUGUAGUGUUUUAUUUAUUUGUUGGGUUAGAUAUAACAAGUAAGAAAAGUACAUGUAAAUAAAUAUAAUAUUUAUCAACAUGCAGAGACACUAUAUAGACUUCAGUACAAAGGUUUCUGCUAGACUUAAUGUUUGAAAUAAAAUAAUUUUUACGAAAAAAAUGAUUGUAUGCUAAUAUUUAUUCACAGUUAGAAUAAUUGUGUGAUUGAAUAAUUGCUUAUUUCAUAAAUUAACCCUUCAAGUUACAAUGCAAUCCACUUUAUUAUUUUACUCUGUUAACACCGGACGAUUUACUAGUCAAGGUGAGAGCACUGGUGCUCAAUGGGUUAACCAAUAUACCCUUUAAUUUGGAAAGUACAUCACCUUGGCUAUAUAGAGCCUCGUUUUCAUGUAUAUGACAUAUGUUAAUUUCUAGCCAAGCAUUACAAUCACCAGAAUGAGCUCUAUAGCCAAGGUGACAUACCGGACCACCGGUACCACAUAUUAACCAUCCACUCGUAUAGAAUCCACUGAACAUUGUUGAAGUAUUUUAAUCUAUGUGACACAUUGGUAUGCAACACAACUAAAUGGGUUAAAUUAAGGGAUCAUUAUAUUAUACUGAAAUAUAUAUUAAAUUAUAUUAUCUAACAUAUAUUAAAUUGAAAAUUAUUAAUUAUUUAAUAUUAACCCAUUGAGCCGCAAUGCACCCUAAUUAUUUUUUUACUUGUCUAACAUCAGACGAUUUUACUAAUUGUCAAUGGGGAAGCUCUGCAGCUUAAUGGGUUUAACCAAAAAUGUAUCUAGUUAACCCAUUGAGGCACAUGCGCCCUACUUUUUUUUUUACUUGUCUAACGCCACACAAUUUUACUUGUCAAUGGGGAAGCUCUGCAGCUUAAUUAUUCACUUCCCUAAAUCUCAUUAACUUGUCUUUUUGUGAGGUUUACGAACCUUCACAGUCUCUGGCAAAGUCAUUACAAAUAUAGCAGCUAGUAUAGCACCAAUACCAAAACUAAGCAUAGGAAUUCUCUUAUCAUACACCUCCAACCCUAUAACCAGUGGGGCCAAAACACCACCUAUACUAGCUGCGGUUGAAAAUAUACCCAUGGAAAAGCUCCGUACAGAUGCACCAAAUUGUUCUGCUGAAAAUAUAUAGAUUAUGUUGUAGCAAGCUGCAACAGCAAAUUUUCCAAGUAAGGCCAAUGCCAUGAUGAAGAAACCACCUUGUGACUGGUCACCGCCCUGUAACCAUCCACAUACCAAACACGCUAAGGAACCAAACAGAGCAAGGGUAAGUAAUGGUAUUCUUCUGCCAGAUUUUAUAAUCCACAUGCUCAGUAACAAAGCAGGGAUCUCAACUAAUCCACAUAAGCCGAAACUCAAGUAUUUGUUAGUACUCAGGCUGCCAGAGAGAAAUGAUAAACCAGAGUACAUCAUUGAAAGGAAUAGCCAAAUUACAGACAAAAUUAAUGCCUUUUUAACAUAACCUGGUCGUGCAAAUACACUUGUGUUAUUUUGGUUAGUUCUCAGGUUAGCCUUGGGCACAUCGUUGGACAGCUUUUCAAGCAAUGUCUCCGAGAUGUCGGCUCCAUUUGUUUUUGCAAUUUCUCUCAACAGCUGCUUGCUCUCUUCAAUUCGCCCAUUUUCCACCAGCCACUGAGGGGAUUCGCAAAGACCAUUUCGCAAAAGAAACGUUGAACAAAAUACAAUCGGAAAUGACACUGUCAUCGUCAGAUAUCGCCAGUCUCGAAUGAAAUAGGCAAUCAAACUCAAUAUUACAUAGCCAAUUGA